GGAAAAAUGAUGAUUGGUUAUCGUUGCUUAUCAUAGGUGCCGUGGACCAUUCGCCACACUAUUCCAAGGACCCGUUGUCUCUCCCAUCGCCCCAGUAUGGACUGUAAGCCACUUCUGACUUAUUCUGGCGAUUGUCGCAUCUUUAAGACUUUGGAGCCCCACAUUGUGGCCGCUCUCCCGGCGGACUCGGCCGAAUGGAAGCGUUCGUACGGGCGUCCGGUAAAGAAUGUCCGCGUAGAGGCCACUUUCAAACCGUUCGAUCAGGGAGCGCUCGAGAGAUACAAGGAAGGCAAGUGGAGCAUCGUGGACCACCCGGUGCUGCACAUCUACGUGACCGAGUGUAGCGACGUAGAGGCGUACCGUGGGUCGGUGAAGGAGGAAAUAGAUCAGUGGCUGAAGGUGCUGAACACCUAUGGGGUCACCGAUUGGAUGAUUCUGCUGGUGGAAACGUUGGAUGUGAAAAAAUCGAAAAACAUCCUGCCCCGCACGACAGUGCUGGAUAAGAUACGGCUUGAUUUCGCCUCGAAGAACGGCGAUCGCUGUCUGUCCAUCCUGAACCCGGCCCGGUUCGAGCUGAAGGCGACGGAAUCGUUUCGCUGCCUGUUGCAACGGAUUCGCCACCUGAUGCUGACCGGUUACAAUAGGAGUAUCGUCAAGUACGAAGAACUCAUUCGUACGAACCGCGAAAAUCGUAUCCAAGAAAACUGGAGCUUUAUCGAUUAUUUCUUGCUGCAGGAGCAGCUGGCGUUCGUGCUGGAGAUGCUGGGCCAGCACUCGGAGGCACUGGUACAGUACGACGAGCUGGACGCAAUGUUUUCGCAGUUUAUCCUCAACUCGGUGUUUGGCGAGAAGCAAAAGUGGCUCCAGAUCUUUGAUCAGCCGCUCUACACCUUUCACGGCAUCUCGCUCAAUCCGGCCAAACUGAUGGAAACGCGAGCGAAGAUCAUUUCACGCCAUGUCACGCUGCUCGAGUUUCGCAGCUACCUCUUCGAGCGCCAGUGCAUGCUGCUGGACGCGGCUGGCAAACCGUGGGAAAUUGCCGAACGUCUGCUGCCCUUCCUGUUUGCCACGUUGCGUGAAAUCGAGGCCCUGAAGCUAGAAACCCCCGAAGGGGCCCUCGCUUGCUGGGAGUUUGUGUGUUCGCUCGAGGUUCUCAACCUGUGCGAUAAGGUGCAGGAAUCGAAGGACAUCUACAAGUGCUCCCAGUUUUCCGCUCCCAUAUGGAAUCUGGCCAAAGAGAAGUUGCACGGUUUGGGAAAGCAGUGUGGCCUGCUGCCCGGCUUCGUGCCGACUUCGGAGCAACUGCACACGGUCGUUCAUCUUUCGGCCGGCAUGGGCGACAGUCUGCCUGCGGCGGGAAAUGUCGGGCAACGGCUAGAACCCGGACCGGAACUGGGGGAAUCGCGCAGCAAGUCGCCGGCGAGGAAACCGAAAAAAUCGGCUACCGAUACGCUAAAGGAGGCUCUCGGUUCGAACCAGGCGUUCACCAAACUGUAUCUCGAGCUUAGCGAGCUGGCCAUCAGCACCUACAAGCACGUGUCGCGCCUCCGUUCGGCCCGCCUGGUCGGGCUAGAUCUGGGCAACUUCUACAUCACACUCAACGAGCCACAGAAAGCGGUCAACUUCUUCACCGAUUUGCUGCGUGAGCUCAAGGCGGAAAACUGGCACUAUCUGGCCAGCCAAACCCUACUCGAGCUCGCUUCGUGCUACCGCAAGAUGAAGGACAACGUGAACUACACCAAAACAUGCAGCGCGAUCGCGUGCUGCCAGGAUCUGGAACUUCUGGUGCGUACAUUCUAUUUCGAUGAGUUCACUAAGUCGCUCCGCUUGCUGCAGACGAUUCGCAAUGAGGACAUUGACGCACUGAGCGUACUGUGCUCUCUCGAGGAUCACUUCCGCAUCGAUCGUGUCCAGCUGGACAGCACCUCCAUCGUGCAGGACGACUUUGUUAUCGUGAAGCUCGAUAUCGAGAGCCACUUCCCACGGGAACUGCUUGCCGCGCAGGUACUCUUGUCGUUCGAAAUGAAUGCCAAACAAACCGUUGACCCCGGUGGGGCAGGAUCGAAGCCAAGCGGCACAGAGAUCGGUGCCCAUCUGCCCGUCAUCCUUCAUCUGGACUACAAGCAGGACAAUACGCUGAGUGGAGCUUCCGUGGCGUGCGAUACUCCGGUGAAGCAACCGGUACGUAGAAGCAGCAGCACCCGGCGCAAGGUGUCCCCGACGCAGCGUUCCGAUUUCACCAACUGUGUCGCUGUCGAACAAGUUUUGCUGCAGCCCGGACCAAACACGGUCACGCUCAAAACGAAAGCAACCCGAGUCGGCACUUGGAGCUUCCGGCAACUGUCGGUGCAGAUCGAGAGCGUAGAGUUCCUCUCGGAGAGCCUGCCCGUGCGGUGCGAAACAUUUGAAACCAUCACGAAAGCGUCGAUCGCUUCGCUCAACUUUGUGAAUCUCGUGGCCGGUGUCGAGCAGCCGGUGGAACUACUCAUUUCAGCCGGAAGCUUUCGCUUUCCAAAGGACACUUCGGCUACGCUGCGCUGUUCGAAGAAUCUCCGCAUGCGGCUGGCGGGCCCCGUUCCGCUGGCCGCAUUCGAGCGUGAUCUGACCGUACCGCUGAACGAUUUCGCACCGUUCGAGCAAAGAACGAUCGCGCUGGAAGCGAUCUGCGACUUGCCGGGCAAACGGGAGGAACGGGCCAUCGAACAGAAAGUUUCCCUGCAGGUGCCGUGGAGUCGCAACGAGCUCAACAUUCCGCUUCACUUCAUGCCCGCGCUGAUCGCUUCCUGUCGGCUACAUUCGUCCGGCACAUGGAAGUUCCUCCAGGUCGUGCUGAAGGGCGUCAGCGACUAUCGGUUGGUGCUGCGCGAGGCGCAGAUGUCGUGUGCGGCCGAAGGGGUCACUAUUAUCGAUAUUAAUCCGCACGAGCAACAGGAAAUGGUCAUGAGCAAAGCUCUCUCCAUCUCGUACUUGUACGAGCUGCAAGUGGAGGCGCUCAAAGCGGAACGGGAGCAUCCGAUCGUGAAUGUGGACUUCCGGAUGCGUUUCGCCGAUGCACUGGUGCCGGCGGAACGACGAACCUAUCUACCGUACAGCGUCACGUUUGACGUGAUGGACUACACGACACUGUUCACGAUCUGUGCGAAGGUCGAACCGCAGGAACUGUGCCGAGUGAACUCCGUUUGUCACCUCAAUCUGCGCAUCUCGAAAGUUCAUGACAAUCCGUACGCCGAUCUGAUGUACGAAGUGCUGGCCGAUCAGAACAUGUGGGCCGUCGUUGGCCGCACCGCAGGUGUCAUAUCGAUGGAGGAAGUCGAAAGCCACAGUAUCACGCUGGAUGUGUUGCCGCUGGCCGCCGGGUUUCUGCCACUGCCAAACAUUCGCCUAUCGAAAUACAUUUCGGCGAACAAAUCGAAGAGUGAUGCCCAUCCCCGAUUGCAGCCGUUUCCGCCGGGACAAAUUUACAACGCUACAAAAAGCAUGCAAAUACACGUGCUGGCCAGCACCAACACCGACCAACAGACCCAGUAACUGUAGCGGAGCACCAGAAUCCUACGAUAAAUGGCAAUUGAU